AUGCCAGAAUUGUCAGAUGUCGGAAAUCAACAGGAGGACAUACAUGUGCCCUUCAUUAAUCAACAUCUCAUCAACCGUUUACCUUGGCCACCACGAUCGGCUGACCUACCUUCAAUUGAACGUGUCUGGGACAUGAUAGGUAAUCAAGUGCAAGUAUCAAAAACUAAAGUGUGGCAAACGCUGCGUGAAGAGGGGCUGUAUCCGUUUCACGUCCAACGUGUACAAGCCCUUCAACCUGACGAUUUUCUAGCAAGAGUGCGGUUUUCUGACUGGUUGUUGCAUCAACAUGACAAUAAUCCGGACCGGGUAGAAAAUCCGCACGCUGUCCGUCGGGCACAUUUUCAACAAACAUUUUCGGUGAAUGUUUGGGCUGGCAUGGUGAACGGUAUGCUCAUUGGACCAUUUAUUCUCCCAAAUCGAAUGGACGGGAUGCAAUACCUAGACUUUUUACGCAACAUUUUGCCUUCCUUGUUAGAAGAUGUGCCAUUAAGUGUAAGACAAUCAAUGUGGUUUCUGCAGUACGGAGAUCAGGGGGAUCAGGAAUGGAACAGUAUUGUCUUUAGUGACGAGGUUAGAAGGCGACGUGGUGAAAGGGGGAAUCCACAGUUUUUUGUUGAAAGACAUGUUCAACACACUGUUGGAGUUAUGGUUUGGGGUGCUAUAGCUUAUAGUUCCAGGUCACCUUUAAUCUUCAUCAGACGUAACAUGAACGCGCAGCGUUAUAUCCACGAAGUUCUAGAACCCCAUCUUUUACCCUAUCUUGACACCCUGGCAGAUCCUACUUUCCAACAAGAUAAUGCCCGACCACAUGUUGCAAGAGUCACAAUAGACUUCUUUCAACAUAAUGAUGUCACAUUGUUACCAUGGCCACCAAGAUCUCCCGACUUAUCCCCAAUUGAGCACGUGUGGGAUAUGAUGGGUAGGAGAUUGCUCAAUUUGCAACGUCCUCCUCAGACUCUAGAAGCACUUCGAGAGGAGUUGGUGGUUGCCUGGAAUGAGAUACCACAGGAGGACCAUCAGAGUGCUUCCACACAUUAUUAA